AUGGAGCGGGACAGGAACUCCCAUGGCAAGCGCCCGUUCGAAGCUUUCAACAAGGGAUACCCCAGUUCCCGUGACCAAGAUCUUCGCCAGAAGUUGGACCGCGAACAAGAAGAGCACCGCAGACAGCAGCGCCAACGGGACCGCGAUGCGGAGCGGGCGAGCUCCUCGUCCUGGUGUUCCGAGGGGGAACGCUCACGGCAGGACUCUCGUGCGCCUCCGCCGCCUCCCCCUCCCCCUCGUGGCCGGGAUUCUGGGAAGAAUGCAGGCUGGAGGUCGUUCCGUCAGCCUCAGGGGACCGCCGUGGAGGGUUCGGGGCAUGUGCAGGCUGCCUGUGUUGAUGAAGCUUUCUGUGUCAACUGCAAGAAGGUGGGCCACCUAUCUGCCAUGUGCGCGGCAGUCUCCAAAGCUCUGGCUCCCUUCUGGGCAGGCUUUGGCGGUGGUCGUCAAGGCUUCUGCUGCCUUGAGGUCCCUGAAGAAGAGCUCCAGAAGCCAGUGGAGGACGAGUUCAAAGACUUGGUAGAUGAGAACUGGAACUGGCAGGUGCGCCAGAUGGGCCCAAGUGACUUCGCUGUGGUAUUCCCGUCCAAGGAGAGCCUCCGCAUUGCCAUUCGUGGGGGCGGACUAACUUUGCCCUGCACCAAGCUCAAGGCCAUCGUCACGGUUCCGGCGGGUGACCCGCUCGCUACCGAAUCUCUUGAGGAAGUAUGGGUCAAGCUCCUGGGUGUGCCUCCUCCCUUUCGCCAUGCGGAUUGCCUUCUCCUCUCUACCCGUGAGGUGGGGCGCCCCAUUGGCGUCGACGUGGCUUCGCUGGCUCACCCGGACGUGCCUGUUCGUAUGGCCUUUGGCUGUCGGAAAGAAGACCUGCUCCCAGACUACAUCACCCUCUUCGUGAAUAUGCAAGGCUAUCGUAUCCAAGUUGUUAGAGAAGCUGAGAAUGCUGAAAACUCCCCGCCUCAAGCUCCAUCGAAGUUCCCCCUGGCUGAUGGCACUGAAGAUAAGGAAGAUGACCUCGAUGAGACAGACGACGAUCGUUGGGAUGGGCGGAGGGGCCACCACACUCAAAAGUCCUUACAUGCUACGGCUUCGGCACCUGGUGCGGGUGGGGGAGGCCCCCGCAAGUCCGUGCCCCUGGCAGCUUCUCCUGGCUCGCCGUCGGCCUGCCGCCCAGUUACUCCGAACGACCUGACUCUCCAGAUUCCCGACUCCGCCCGCAGACAAUACGGGACCAACCUGACCCCCACAGGCAAUAUCUUCCCGCUAGUUGCCAAGAUCAUCCAGUCCACUGUCUCUGCGACGCCUGCAUCAGGACAACUCUCCCCGGAAGCGUCAAAUCAGCGAUGA